UCAACCCCCAUACAUAUUUACCCUUUCGUCUCCUCCCGUCUGGUCGCUUUAAUUAAUUCCCCACUUCCAGUUCCUCAUUCCCUGCUUCUAAUUAGGGUUUCUCCUGCUACUAUGGAUCCUUGUCCUUUCGUGCGAAUUGUCAUCGCCAAUUUAGCUCUCAGAAAAUCCGAUCAUACCACUCCUGAUCCCUCUUCGUCCUCCUCUUUCUGCUGUAAAUUCAAUCUCAAGGGUUUUCCAAAUCAGGCUUCCGAUGUGGCUUCUCUAACCCACGAAAACGACGUCGUUGAGAGCAAAAUCCACGGCUGCUUCGCCCUGCGAAGGACGCAGAUGGAGAGAUUGGGAGAAAGGUCCAGCAGGUUUUCUAAAUUGAGAAUUCUGAUUUACAGGAAGAAUAGUGCGAGAAAAAAUGGAUGCGGAUUGAGCAGGAAGGGAAAGUUUAUUGGUUGCGUUGAUGUGCAGUUGGAUUUUAAAAGUAUUUUGGAAAGCAAUCGUGGAUUAGUGAUUCAAAACGGGUGGGUUGUUAUUGGCGGGGCAUUGGAUCCGAUUAAAUUGCACUUGAAUGUCCGGGCUGAGCCCGACCCGAGAUUCGUCUUCCAGUUCGACGGCGAUCCCGAGUGCAGUCCGCAGGUUUUCCAGGUUAAUGGAACUGUAAAGCAGCCUGUUUUCACCUGCAAAUUUGGGUUCAGAAAUGGCGGAGGAGAAAGGAUUUUGAGAUCCAGAUCAGUGCAAUCGGAGCCGAGUGCCUCCUCAGGGAAGUGCUUCAGGUCGGCGGCCGGAGACGACGGCGGCGGCGAGCAGGCGAUUAAAGAGAGGAAGGGGUGGUCGAUCACGAUCCACGACCUGUCGGGGUCGCCGGUGGCGGCGGCGUCAAUGGUGACGCCGUUCGUGGCGUUGUCGGGGACGGACAAGGUGAGCAAAUCCAAUCCAGGGGCGUGGCUGAUUCUCCGGCCGGACCAGCAGGGCACGUGGAAGCCAUGGGGCCGGCUGCAGGCGUGGCGGGAGCGCGGCCGGCUCGGCCACCGGUUCGAUCUGAUCCCCGACGGCGGAGCGGAGGCGAUCCCGCUGGCGAAUUCGAGCAUCAGCGUGAAAUACGGCGGGGAUUUCGUCAUCGACAUAACCGGCGGGCCCACCCCCAUGACCAGCCCCAACAGCAGCUUCGAUUUCAGCUCCGGGUCGGGCUCCGGGUCGGAUCCCGGGUCGGCGUCCGGGUCCGGGUCGUGGGGGCAGCUGCUCUACCGGGGGUUUGUGAUGUCGUCGACGGUGGUCGGGGGGGACAGCAAGUGCAGCAGGCCGGAGGUUGAGGUCGGGGUGCAGCACGUGAGCUGCACGGAGGACGCCGCCGCCUUCGUGGCGCUGGCGGCCGCCGUCGACCUCAGUAUGGAUGCUUGCCGGUCGUUUUCGCAUAAGCUGAGGAAGGAGUUGAGGCAAUCGGAUCCGGUGUAGUGGGUCGGGUCGGGGUCGUUUUUCUUUUUAACGGUGAGUGUACAGUACAGUGAAGUACAGUUUCUUCAGCGGCGGGACACUUUUUUGUUUUGUUGUAAUUUGUCUGUGUAGGCAUUAGCUGCUGUAUUAAGCAACGAAUUGUUGGUUGCUUGCGAUUUUUUUGCUUUUAAUGAAUUAAUAUAAAAUAAUUGUGACAUAUGAUAUUCAAAAAUAUAUAUUUAAUGUAAUAUUUUU